AUGUGGUUUUUUUAUCUGACACAAUUAACUUUAAUGUGUAUUAUUCCAUUAGUCAAUGGUGUAUCUCAGGUUGUUGAUUCAGGAACUAUUCUAGGUUGCAUUCCUCCACAGGGUUCCCUCGCAAAAGGGUUCACUGUGUCUUACUACCACUAUCCUAUGAUUCCAAAUCCGAACUCAGCAGGUUGCUACCUUAUAAACAGUGUAUUUCGAACGGAUGAAUACCAGCACGGCGGUUAUGAGACUCUUGGUGGAGGAUUAAUUGGUAGGAGCAAUGGUGUAACAAAUUUAACGUACUAUUCCCCUAGCACAUGUUCCCCCGGUUGUUGUAAAGUUCAAGUUGGUAAUGUACCACCAAACUAUAAUUACGAUUCCCAGGUAGCUUUGGGUAAUCUCACUAUGUUGCUCACUGGCUAUUUUUUGCCCCCUAAGUCUGGUAACUAUAAAUUCAAUGUAGAUUAUGUUGACGAUGUGACUUACAUGAAUAUUGGUGCUGGCAAAGCAUUUGGAUGUUGUCAUAUUAAUAGUACUGUUUCAAACCCAGGUCCAUUUGAUUUAACCCUUACAUAUCCUGACAGUAAAAAUAGUGCCACAGUUAAUCUAUUAGAAGGGUUAUACUAUCCGGUAAGAAUUCUCUAUAUUAACAGGUAUGAUACCGGUAAACUUCUUAUGUCUUUCGAGGAUCCAGAUGGGGUGAUGUAUCAGACUUUCGAUGAUUAUGUAUUUAUGGCUCCCGAUGGAGAUGAGUGUCCUGCCCCUGUAGCCACAACAACAAUACCAUGGACUUUCCAGUCAACUACCACUCAAACAACCGUUGUUACAACCUCCGGUUCUGAUAAUCUACCAAUAACUGAGAACCUCAUUAUCGUGAGAGCACCAGAUAUUACCUUUGCCACGACAAUUAACACCCCUUGGACAGAGACCUUUACCAGCACAUAUUCGACUGGUUUAACAACCACUUCGGGACCCGACGGUAUUAAAACCAUUUUCGAAACAUUAUUUGUCGAGACUCCUGAGAUUGAGACCGCUGUGACCAAAGUUAUUCCAUGGACUGGGAAAUACACCACCACAUAUUCAACUAAUAUUGCCACGGAGACUGGUACUGAUGGCAUACCAACUGUCAAAACGAACUUCCUUGUAGAGACUCCUCAGGUCGAAACAGCCACUACAGUUAACACCCCAUGGACCGGUACUUACACUACCACCUAUUCCACUGGUAUUUCCACAGAGACUGGUGCUGAUGGCAUACCAAUUGUCAGAACCAACUUCCUUGUCGAGACUCCUCAGGUUGAAACAGCAACUACCAUCAAUGCAGGAUGGACCGGUACUUACACCACCACAUAUUCGACUAAUAUUGUCACAGAGACCGGUGCUGAUGGAAUACCAACUGUCAGAACCAACUUCCUUGUCGAGACUCCUCAGGUUGAAACAGCCACUACAGUUAAUAUACCAUGGACCGGCACUUACACCACCACAUAUUCGACUGACUUUGUUACUGUCACAGUUAUUGAUGGCAUCGUGACUCUCCAAGCUGUGUACCAUGUGCAAACACCUACCGUUAAACUUUCCAAAUUCGAUAAUUUGUCACGAACAAGUAACGAUACACAAGCUUAUUCUACCGACAUUAUAGCUACCACAGGCGCCGACGGUGUUUCCACUGUCCACCCCACCUUCAGUGUCAAUGCUUCAGAGAUUGGAAGUAUCUCUACGGUUAUUUCGCCAUGGACUGGAACAUAUACCACCACUUACUCAACUGAACUAGUUACAGCCACCGGUACUGACGGUAUUAUAACUGUCCAAGCUGUGUACCAUGUGAAAACACCAAGUACUGGAACCACCAAUACCAAAAAAAGUGCAUGGAUCAGCAACUAUAUCCAAACAGACUCCACUGGCGGUAUAGGUAGUAGCAGUGCUGAUGGUGUUUCCAAUGUUCAGACCGCUAUUCAUGUCAAAACCGGAGAGGCAGGAAACGCCAUGAAAAUCAAUAUCCCAUGGACAGGCACUUACACCACUACCUACUCAACAGGAGCCUUCACUUCCACUGGUUCUAACGGUAUACAGACUGUUCAAACGGCAUUCUACGUUAAAACUCCAGAGAUGGGCUCUUCCACUUUUGGAUAUAGUAACACUUCAAGUACUACUUCCCAUGGUACCGAUUCAAAUGGUAAUAAAAAUCUUCAAUCUGAAACAUCCAAGCCAUUAGUUAAGGUAUCUGUUACCUCCGGAAAUGUGAUAGGCCAUUCCACGGCAGAGACAAACUUGCCAAUAUCUCAAGAAACAAGUUCUAAUCGACCAACGACUUCUAAAAACGAUGACGGUCCAGUACCAGAAAGAGGUAGUACUGCAAACAUCAACACUCCUCUUGGAACCACGAUGAAUGCCGUUGGGGAAACAUCCGGAGCAGUGAGUGGAAUAAUUGAUACUGAAACAAAGGGGAAACAAAGUAAAACAAUGUCGAUCAGUGUUGGUCAACCAGUAACAGUCAGUUCUGCAACUUCCAAGGCGACUUCUCCUCAACCAUCUUUGAAUCCAUCCAUCCCAACUUUUACGCCUUCGAUCUCCGGAGCUUCACAAACCGCCACAUUUGAGACGCGUUUGGAAGACAAAGCCAAUAAGAUACUCAUCUCUCCUCUAGUGAUAAUAUUAUUAGCGUUCUUGUGA